CCUCACAGCAGCCGCAGCGGACCGCACAUCCCGAGGCCGGUCCCUCCAGCCCCGCCUCCCACACCCCCGCCGCUGCUGCCCCUGCCGCCUCAACCCACGCCGUCACCUCUUCUGCCACCCCUUCCACCCCUCCCUCCCCCUCUCCCUCCUCCGCCUCCCAGCCCCCCUCCCACCUCUCCUCCCGCACCUCCCGGCCCCGUGACCUGGUCUUCGUGACCGCGGAGGUGGCGCCCUGGUCCCAGGCAGGUGGGUUGGGGGAUGUGGCGGCGGCGCUGCCCCGAGCGCUGGCGGCCCGGGGGCACCGAGUGAUGGUGGUGGCGCCGCGCUACAUGGGCCCGACGGCGGUGGCGGAGGGCCGGUACGGCGGAUUGUACGACACGGGGGUUCGGAUGUGGCUGGAUCUGAAUGGGCCCGGAGGGGAAGGCGGAGGCGGCGGGGGAGGAAGGCAUGAGGUGGGUUUUUUCCACCGGCAUGAGGAUGAUGUGGACUGGGUGUUUGUGGAUCACAUGUCGUACCACAGGGAUGGCUCGCCGUACGGCAAUGAGCAUGGACCGUACGGAGAUAACCUGUUCAGGUUCUCCCUGCUCUGCCUGGCCGCCCUAGAGGCGCCCCUGCUGCUGCACAUCGGCGGGCACCGGUACGGCACCCCACCCGGGCUGCCGUACGGCCCCGACAACCUGGCCUUCAUCGCCAACGACUGGCACGCGGGGCUGCUGCCCGUGUACCUGGCGGCGCGGUACCGGCCGCACGGGGUGUACGGCAGGGCACGGUGCGUGCUGGGGCUGCACAACCUGGCGCACCAGGGCUCCCACCCGCCCCACUGCUUCGGCUCCCUGGGGCUGCCGGGCGGGUGGUACGGGGCGCUGGAGUGGGUGCAGGCGGGCGCACCCACCAUCAACAUACUCAAGGCCGCCCUAGUGACGGCGGACCGGCUGGUCACUGUGUCCCCCUCCUACGCGGCGGAGGUCUGCCGCCCGCCAC